CUUCAUCCCACAGCAGAUCUUCGUCGCACAGCGGAUCUUCAUCCCUCAGAAAACCUUCGUCUCACAGCAGAUCUUCAUCCUUCAUUCAUCCCACAGCAGAUCUUCGUCUCACAGCAGAUCUUCAUCCUCAGCAGAUCUUCGUCCCUCAGCAGCUCUUCGACCCUCAGCAGCUCUUCGUCUCACAGCAGAUCUUCAUCCCUCAGAAGACCUUCGUCUCACAGCAGAUCUUCAUCCUUCAUUCAUCCCACAGCAGAUCUUCAUCCCUCAGCAGCUCUUCGACCCUCAGCAGACCUUCGUCUCACAACAGAUCCUCAUCUGAUCUCCAGCGUUCAGCGUUGCUCCUCCUCGGUGGCCUGAGCUGCGUUCGAAGCCCAACAUCAGCAUGAACCCCAGACUCAGAGGCUCCGCGUUCAUUGUCCUGCUGGCUGCUCUGAGCAUUGUUGAGGGGAUGGGCGUUAGAGGAAUCGGAAUGGAGCCGCGCUGCCGCUGCAUCAAGACGGAGAGCCGGCGCAUCGGCAGCUACAUCCAGAAAGUGGAGCUGUUUCCUCCGAGCCCCCAGUGCGAGGACACCGAGAUCAUCGCCACUAUGAAGAGGAGCGGGCGGGAGAUCUGCCUGGAGCCCACGGCUCCGUGGGUCAAGAAGGUCAUCGAGAAGAUCUUGGCCAACAAUGAACCUUGAAACAUUCAAGAAAUGUAAAGAAGUAAAGUUUGAAAAGUGUACAUAAGUUGUUGUGAUGGACCGGCGGAGCCUGAUGUCCCCCGUCAUCCCGGAACUGGAAAUGGAUGGUGAUGAUGAUGAUGAUGAUGAUGAUGAUGAUGGGCACAGUGAGACCCCAACAAGGUGCUGAUGCUGCAAGUGAUUCCUCCGUCUCGCUGUGCGUCACUGCUGGAACGAACGUGUUACCCUGAAUUAACACACGCUGUUCACGCACAGCAGGCAUGUGGAAGUGCUGACUAAUUGCACCAUUAAUUCACACUGUGUGUUUUUAUCACAUGUACGUUCAUGUUUCUUUAUUCAUCACACACUUUUCUCCAAAGUGACUUCCAAUGAACUCUGUGUAGUGUUGUCAGCCCGCACACCUU